AUGCAGCACUACGGAGUGAAUGGAUAUUCUCUCCACGCCAUGAACUCACUAAAUGCCAUGUACAAUCUUCACCAGCAGGCGGCGCAGCAUGCCCAGCACGCGCCCGACUACCGGCCGUCCGUGCACGCGCUCACGCUGGCAGAGAGACUGGCUGUAAAUUGGCCCAAUCUCUUUUCCUUCAACGGCUGCACAUUUCAAGACAUAAUCCUCGAGGCCCGGUAUGGCUCCCAGCACAGGAAGCAGCGACGCAGUCGCACAGCCUUCACUGUCCAGCAGCUGGAGGCCCUGGAAAAGACCUUCCAGAAGACCCACUACCCUGACGUGGUGAUGCGCGAACGCCUGGCCAUGUGUACCAACUUACCAGAGGCUCGUGUGCAGGUGUGGUUCAAGAACCGCCGAGCCAAGUUCCGCAAGAAGCAGCGCAGCCUGCAGAAGGAGCAGCUCCAGAAACAGAAGGAGGCCAACAGAGAGGAAGGUGAUGAGGAAGAGGUCAAGACCACCGACCCUUCCACCCAGACAUCUCCAUCUCCAUCCUCCCUCUCGGAGACCAUGCGGCCCCAGCCUGCGGAGAUGAGUGUGGAGGUGAACGUCACCUCCCCGGAGGCCUCGGACAGCGAGUCGGCUGCAGAGGACAACGGUGAGGGAGAUGAGGAGCUGAAGUGGGAGAGGCUGCAGGAUACUCAGCAGCAUCAGCAUCAGGGGGAGGUGCAGCAGGGGGGUGCAGGGCUGCAGCCGGGAGGAGGAUCUCCAUCCUGCAAACGCUUCAGCCCCACACCAGACUCUCCCUCCCUCCCCUCCUCUAGCGGUGGCGGUGGCAGCAGUUGUGUGUCCCAAGGCUCCUACGCCUCGUCCCCCCUCAGCCUCUUCCGUCUGCAGGAGCAGUUCCGCCAGCACAUGGCUGCAACCAACAACGUGGUCCACUACCCCUCCUUCGACAUGAGUACCCCCUCCUCCCUGCCCUACCUGGGCAUGAAUGUCAACAUGCCCUCCCCCUUGGGCUCUCUGCCCUGCCAAUCGUACUACCAGUCCCUGUCCCAGGCAUCCAUGUCCCAAGUGUCCAUGUCCCAGGCCCAGCAGGUGUGGAAUUGCCCCUUGACGGGUCUCCAGGCCCCUCAGAGCAGCCUACCCAGCCUCAACAGCAAGACCACCAGCAUCGAGAACCUGCGUCUGAGGGCCAAGCAGCACGCUGCCUCCCUGGGCCUGGACACGCUACCCAACUGACACCCUGGACACGCUACCCAACUGACACCCUGGACACGCUACCCAACUGACACCCUGGACACGCUACCCAACUGACACCCUGGACACGCUACCCAACUGACACCCUGGACACGCUACCCAACUGACCCCCUGGACACGCUACCCAACUGACCCCCUGGACACGCUACCCAACUGACACCCUGGACACGCUACCCAACUGACACCCUGGACACGCUACCCAACUGACCCCCC